AUGCUGUCCGGCAUCCUCAUCUUCAACCAAAAGGGCGAAAACCUCAUCUUUCGCGCCUUCCGCAACGACUGCCGCCCGCGGCUGGCGGAUGUCUUCCGCAUCCAGGUCAUAUCGAACCCCCAGGUGCGAUCGCCUAUCUUGACGCUCGGUAGCACGACAUUCAGCCAUGUCAAGCACGAGAACAUCUAUCUGGUGGCCAUUACGAAGAGCAACGCGAAUGCGGCACUCGUGUUUGAGUUUCUGUACCGCCUGAUCGCGCUCGGCCGCGGCUACUUUGGCAAGUUCGACGAGGAAGCGAUUAAAAACAACUUUGUGCUCGUGUACGAGCUGCUGGAUGAGAUCAUCGACUUCGGCUACCCCCAAAACACCGAGACCGACACGCUCAAGAUGUACAUUACGACAGAGGGCGUCAAGUCCGAACACCGCGCCGAGGAUUCGGCCAAGAUCACGAUGCAAGCAACAGGCGCACUGUCGUGGCGCAAGGCCGACGUCAAGUACCGCAAGAAUGAGGCGUUUGUCGACGUGAUUGAGGACGUCAACCUGCUCAUGUCGGCAACGGGUGCCGUGCUCCGCGCCGACGUGACGGGCCAGAUUGUGAUGCGCGCGUACCUGUCGGGCACGCCGGAGUGCAAGUUCGGCCUCAACGACCGGCUGCUGCUUGACUCGGACACGGUGCAGUCGCUUCCGUCGGGCAACCGACAGGGCAGCAAGGCGACGAAGGCGGCGGCGGGCAGCGUGACGCUGGAGGACUGCCAGUUCCACCAGUGCGUCAAGCUGGGCAAGUUUGACUCGGACCGCAUUAUUUCGUUCGUGCCGCCGGACGGCGAGUUUGAGCUGAUGCGCUACCGGUCGACGGAAAACGUCAACUUGCCGUUCAAGGUACACGCGAUUGUCAACGAGGUGGGCAAGACCAAGGUCGAGUACAGCAUUGGUGUGCGCGCCAAUUUCGGACCGAAGCUGUUCGCCACAAACGUCGUCGUGCGCAUUCCGACGCCGCUCAACACGGCUCGCAUCACGGAGAGGUGCACACAGGGCAAGGCCAAGUACGAGCCGUCCGAGAACAACAUUGUGUGGAAGAUCAGCCGGUUCACGGGCCAGUCGGAAUUUGUGCUGUCGGCCGAGGCUGAGCUGACGAGCAUGACGAACCAAAAGACCUGGAGCCGGCCGCCCCUGAGCAUGGACUUUAGCCUGCUGAUGUUCACGAGCAGUGGCCUGCUGGUGCGGUACCUCAAGGUCUUUGAAAAAAGCAACUACAGCAGUGUCAAGUGGGUGCGGUACAUGACGCGUGCGGGCAGUUACGAGAUAAGCGUCAGUGACUCAUUUGAACAGGUCCACCGGGAAGUUGUCGGCCAGGUGCUGGUAGCCAGCCACGUUGGGGUGCAGGUGGUCGCCGCUGUCGUACUUGCUCGCCAACCGGUCAGGGCUCGACGGGUCCGCAAGCAGCUUGGCAAAGUCAACUGUGCCGUCGUAGGCGCCGCUCGUCAGGAUCCAGUCGUUGACCUUCUUGCGGUUCGCCUCGUGGUUGCCGCCCGCAUAGCUGUUGCCGCCAAAUGGUGUGAUGGUGGCGCCGUACACCUUGAGACCGGCGGCCUUGCAGUCGGCAAUGAUGGUCUUGAAGGCACUGAUGAGCGAGUCCCCGUUGGCGUUGGCGCCAAUGUCGUUGACGCCCUCAAAGAUGAAGACGUACUUGACGCCCUGCUGCUGCAGCGCGUCACGCUUGUAGCGCUGCAUCAGCGGGGGGCCGAGGCCGCCGUUCAGGACGCAGUUGCCGCCGGCGGCCUCGUUGUUGACGCCCAGGUUGGUGACGCCGGCCUUUUGCAGCUUGGCGAGCACCAGGUCGGGCCAGCGGUUGUUGGCAUCGUCGGUGCUGCCACGGCCGUCGGUGAUGCUGUCACCGAGGAUGAUGAGGGCGCUCGUGUUGGCCGGCGCCCAGGCCUCGACGGCAUUGACAUAGUACCAGUGCUUGGUGCUGGCGCCGGUGACGGUGGUGGCGUUGAGGUGCUCGCCCGACUGCAUCCAAGUCGACGUGCGGCUGCCCGGAUGGCCGGUAAUGCUGCUUCCAGACUGGCCGCCCUGGAGAAAGAGGUUGACGGACAGCAUGGACUGCGGGUCGACUUUGUAGUCGAGGGGGUCCGAAUAGGCGAUCUGUCCCUUGGGGACGUUGACGCCCGGCUUGCCGCCAAAGGUCAAGGCUGCCAAAGUGGCCGGGUCGAUGGCAUUGGAGCCGACUUUGCCGCCCUCUGGCAGAGCGACGGAUGCCGCGGUGAUGGACAGGUCGCUACCACCAAAUGUGUUGGAGAGCUGCACACGGAUCCGUGGCGCGCCGAUGGAGAUGUGCACUGUCUGGCGGAUCGUGGCGUCCUUGAAGGUUGCGCCGCCACCGGUCUAUACGGGGGCAUGUUGCUCUGCUCAACCAGCUGGGGCAUCGAUGUCCAUGUGUCGACCCAGUGGUCUUCGUCGGCUCCCGAUAUCGGCACCGCUAUGACCGAACUGCCAAGCAGCAACAACGGCAGCAGAAAUGAAGAGCAGAGCUCCGCAAAGGACGAUGGCCCCAUGUUGGAGUCGAGUGGGUGGAAACCCUGUUUAGUUUCGAGAACUCUGGCCGAUAUAUUCGAUACGCCGCCGAGGAGUGACGCUGGAACGGUAUAA